UAAACCCAACAAUUUGUGCCCCCAUAUAACAAAAACUUACAAAACACCACCAUUUUCCUAUGUUUUGUAUAACAGAGAAUAAUUUAUUGUAUACCAUUGUGAUACAUCAAGAUUUAUAACCCUUGAUCAAUUGAAACAACAUUUAUGUUAGAGUCAUAUUAGGAUAGGAUUGAUUUGUGUGGACUUUUUCCAUAUCUAUAAUUCUUCAUUAUCUCCUCCCCAUGUACUCCUAUAUAUACCGCCCCCUGAGGCUCAAUACAAUCAAUCCACGUUACACAGUAUAUAUCUCUAAUACUAUCCAACAUGGUAUCAGAGCGGACGACUUAAGGCCACCGUCUCUCACGCUUCCGCUCAUCGCCCCCGGAACCCUCCCGGGGGCGGCCACCUGUUUUAGUUUUUUUUUUUUUUUUUUGGUCAUUGUGAUUGCCACGAGAGAGAUCGAUCUCGGUCUCCUCCGGCAGCCGUUCCUCGUCGUCGUCAUGAGAUGAUCGAUCUCGAUCUUCUUGGAUGGCAUGUCUUCGUCGUUGCGUCGUCUUCGUCAAGGCGCGCCACCGAGUAGAUCAAUCUCCUCGGCGGAGCUCGUUUUUCGUCGAGUCAAACAGCAGCUACCUCCAUGUCGCGGAUCGCGUCGGCGGCGCGGCUCUCCACGUCGUUGCGCCGUUGGCUCCCGGGCCCGCCUCCUCCGUCGCCGCCGGAGACCGGGGGCAUGUCGUCGCCGACCGGGGCCCGCCCUCCGCCUGCGCGCCGCCGCCGGUCAUCCUCCGCCAGCCCGCCUCGACGACCUCCCCUCCGGCCGCCUCUCCACACGCCUCCGCCGCCCUGCCCGGAUCUGGAAACUGGCUCCACGACGACGGGCGCCCACGGACUCUACCGGCUUCCCCUCCGACGCUGCCGCUGCCGAUCUCAUCCGAGCUCCCUCCGCUGUCCUCGGCUCCGCCGGAAGUGGCCCUACACAUGGUCGUGGCUCCACCGCCCUGGGGACGCGCUCCGUCCUUCCUCAGCCCGUCGCCGACCCCGUCGGCAACCUCCUCCACGGCUCCAUGCUGUCCUCGCCCUCCCGGAUCCUGCUGGACGCUGCGACAUGGCGACCGACGACGUGCUUGCCGCUCCCUGCUCUUCUCUUGUGUGAACUCGCGUUUUACGAGGGAACAGGAGAGAUGAGAUAGUGGUGGUGGUCUGUGCAUCGUUGACUUGAUCAUGCCCGUGCGCACUGUGGAGAUUGGACAAUCCAAGGAUUGGUGAUGGCCUGAUGCUGAUGGGCGUGAUGCUUGGACUCGACCGUGAAGUUUGAGGCACUGGACUGCUGGCCUACUACUGUGUUGCUGCUUGUAUCUUUUUUUUUCCCGUUCUGAGAACGGGUUUGCAUCGCCUAUCGCCUCGUCGACAUCUGCGCGUCUCCGACAUCGGCAUCGAUUACAGCUUCGACUUCCUCGUCUCGUUGAGCGCGACUUCGGCUUGAUCACCCGAUUAAGUGCACGGACAUGACGACUUCUACCGCCGAUCGUCUUCAACUGCGCGUCUACGCCAUCAAGCUUCGGGUUGCCGCUGCGUCGCCCCCUCGGGCCGCAGUGCCACUGCCUGUGGUUCACAUCUCCACUGGUUGUUGCAGUGCUGAGAGGCGCCCUCCUCAUCAAGGCUACAUCAUCGGUGGACUUCUCGCCGCUGCAUCGACGUGGAGCUGCAGUUGUGUUGUCCUCUCGGACCGCAGUUUCGCUGCUUUCGUCGUCUUCCUCACCGUUCGCGCAUCAACAACCUUGUCGUCCAUAUUGGUCAUCGUCAGCCGCUCAGGGUCUUCUUCCUCUACUUCGAGCAUCGCCGCCGCGUUUCCCAGCUGCCACUGUCGUCGCUCUAGGCUGGUGGUCCAGCUACCUCUACAUAGCUACCGACGUCGCCGUCCAGGCCAUUGGUCCCGCUACAUCGCCUUCUACUUCGUCCAACAUGAUUCAUCGCCAGCGUCGCCGUAUCUUCCUCGACUACACUUCGCUCUUCUCCGACAACCGCGUGCUGCUCCGGCAAUUCUCCCUCUACGUCGUUCUCGCGCCGCGACCGUCUUGGAGGCCUUCUCUGCUAGUCUCCUCCGACAUUGGCAUAUGAUUCAUGGUGGUCCCCUGUCUCGCCCGCGCGGUAUUGGCAACACCGGCACGCGCGUUCGUCCCGAGUUGUCCCGGGGUCUGGCAAACCCUGUGUGACGUCUCGUCCUUCACGGUUCGACUACAUCGGCUCUUCGGCAUCAACUUCCUCAACGACUGCCGCGAUCGCGUCACCGUCAUCAUCUCCUGCACAUCCUCGCGCACCUUGGUCCACGACCACUCUACAACGCCCCAUGCGCGUCCUGUGGCUCGGCUACCUCGACAUCAGCUUCCUGACAUCGGCUACAUCGACCACGGCUACUCUACGCACGGCUUCAUCGACCACGGCUCUUUCGGCUCCUUCAUUUUGGCUACGUCGACAAUGGCACAAAGGGCUAUCAUCCGUGUUGAGCACUCUUGCCGGUUUCUUCUCCAGUCCAAGUGUCCGCGUUGCUCACGCUUGAAAUGCGGGGGGAUGUUUGAGUCAUAUUAGGAUAUGAUUGAUUUGUGUGGACUCAUUCCAUAUCAUAAUUCUUCCUUAUCUCCUCCCCAUGUACUCCUAUAUAUACCGCCCCCCUGAGGCUCAAUACAAUCAAUCCACGUUACACAGUA